AUGACGCCGAAACCCAAAAUUGUGCUCGUCGGGUCGGGCAUGAUCGGAGGCGUGAUGGCCACGCUGAUUGUGCAGAAGAACCUGGGGGACGUAGUGAUGUUUGACGUAGUGAAAAACAUGCCCCAAGGAAAGGCACUAGAUACGUCUCACUCGAAUGUGAUGGCUUAUUCCAAUUGCAAGGUGACUGGCUCGAACUCGUAUGAUGACUUGAAGGGAGCCGACGUGGUGAUCGUCACUGCGGGAUUUACUAAAGCACCAGGAAAGAGCGACAAGGAAUGGAACCGAGAUGAUUUACUCCCCUUGAAUAACAAAAUUAUGAUUGAGAUUGGGGGACAUAUUAAGAACCUUUGCCCCAAUGCCUUUAUCAUUGUGGUGACGAACCCAGUGGACGUGAUGGUGCAGUUACUCUUCGAGCAUUCCGGAGUCCCAAAAAAUAAAAUCAUCGGAUUAGGUGGUGUGCUAGAUACAUCUAGACUGAAAUAUUACAUAUCGCAGAAGUUGAACGUCUGCCCGAGAGAUGUUAAUGCACUCAUUGUCGGUGCACAUGGGAACAAGAUGGUUCUCCUGAAAAGGUACAUCACAGUUGGAGGUAUCCCAUUGCAAGAAUUUAUUAAUAACAAAAAGAUUACAGAUGAAGAAGUGGAAGGCAUAUUUGAUCGCACUGUGAACACUGCUUUGGAGAUUGUGAACCUCCUUGCCUCUCCUUAUGUUGCCCCAGCUGCUGCCAUCAUCGAAAUGGCCGAAUCUUAUUUGAAGGAUAUAAAGAAAGUGCUUGUUUGUUCCACUCUACUAGAGGGACAAUACGGCCACAGCAACAUCUUUGGUGGUACUCCUCUCGUUAUCGGGGGCACCGGAGUUGAGCAAGUCAUCGAGUUGCAGCUGAAUGCCGAGGAGAAGACCAAGUUCGACGAGGCAGUUGCGGAGACUAAAAGGAUGAAGGCGCUCAUUUAAAGGUGACUUCCCCUUUUCAAUGAGAGAGAGUUUUUCCUUUUUUUUUUUUUUCCCUACGUGGAGGGGUGUGCAACUUUCAUAUGGGUCAAAUUGUAAUGAGCCUUUUGGGGGGACAGAGAGAGAGAGAGAGUGAGAGAGAGAAAAAGAAAGAGGCAGUGUUUAGUGGUACUCAGUUUAUCGCUUAACCGCCUCUUUCUUCUCCCCCCAUAAGGUGUGCCCCUUUUUUUUUUUUCCCCUCCCGUGUGUAACCCUUGCUAGAGCAUAUUACAUUUCUUUUACGAGAUAAGUGUGCCCCUUUAAACUGUCCUGUCGCCGUGCCUUUUUUUUAAAAAACUGUGUGUUACUUCCCAUGGGGG